CGCUGCCCUCUGCGCCCGCAGGCUGCAUCCGGACGCUUCCGGCAGGGGAACUACAGUAAAGAAACACAGAAGUUGUCUUCACUUUUGAACAAGUUGUUAAAAUGGACAUGAACACUUUUUUCUCAUCUGAUGAGUUUUUAAUAAAUGGAUGCUGACAUGGACUACGAAAGACCCAACGUUGAAACUAUAAAAUGUGUGGUGGUUGGCGAUAAUGCAGUGGGGAAGACUCGCUUAAUUUGCGCAAGGGCAUGCAAUGCUACUUUGACACAGUAUCAGCUAUUGGCAACUCAUGUACCAACUGUCUGGGCAAUUGAUCAGUACCGUGUCUGCCAAGAGGUCCUUGAACGUUCCCGAGAUGUUGUUGAUGAAGUGAGCAUUUCUCUCAGACUCUGGGAUACCUUUGGUGACCACCACAAAGACAGGCGUUUUGCUUAUGGAAGAUCUGAUGUAGUUGUUCUGUGUUUUUCAAUUGCUAAUCCUAAUUCCUUGAAUCAUGUAAAAACAAUGUGGUAUCAAGAAAUCAAGCACUUUUGUCCUCGCACACCUGUUAUUCUGGUUGGCUGCCAAUUGGAUCUUCGUUACGCUGAUCUUGAAGCUGUUAAUCGAGCCAGAAGGCCUUUAGCAAGGCCUAUAAAAAGAGGAGAUAUUUUACCGCCAGAAAGAGGGAGAGAGGUUGCCAAGGAGCUUGGGAUACCAUAUUAUGAAACUAGUGUGUUUGACCAGUUUGGAAUUAAGGACGUUUUUGAUAAUGCGAUCAGAGCUGCAUUAAUAUCCAGAAGACACCUGCAGUUCUGGAAAUCACAUUUAAAGAAGGUCCAAAAACCUUUACUUCAGGCUCCAUUCCUACCUCCAAAGGCACCCCCUCCAGUUAUUAAAAUCCCAGAGAAUCCUGUAACCAAUAUGAAUGAGUCUGGAUAUUUGUUAGACAAUCCACUGUGUGCAGAUGUCAUGUUUGUUCUUCAAGACCAGAAUCAUAUUUUUGCUCACAAGAUUUACCUAGCUACCUCCUCUUCAAAGUUUUAUGACCUUUUUUUACUGGAAUGUGAAGAAUCUCCAGACUUCAGUGAAACACAGUGUAGUACAGAUAAGACCAGUAGGGACUUCUUGUCCAGUACAAGUCAUCUUGAAACAGUUGAUGAUAUUGAUGAUGCAAUCUUAGCAACCUUAAAAACUUCCAAUGACAAACUUUCAACACCAGAAAGUGAUGGCACUUCAAAGAUGUUAGAACUUGAAACUGAAGAAGGUAGCUCUGCUCGGAGAGCUUUGUCCUCCUUGGGUAAAGGGUUUGUUAGUAUGCAUAAAGAAAUACAAAUCAACCCUGUAUCGAAUAGGACAUGUCCUGUAACUGUGGUCAAGAUGGAUUCCUCUGUUCAGCCUGGGCCUUUUAAAACUGUUUUACAAUUUCUAUAUGCUGGGCAACUGGAUGAAAAUGAAAAGGAUCUGACAAGAUUAGCACAGAUUGCUGAAAUCUUGGAAGUAUUUGACUUGCGCAUGAUGGUGGAAAAUAUUAUGAAUAAAGAAGCUUUCAUGAAUCAAGAGAUUACCAAAGCAUUUCAUGUCAGGAAAGCUAACCGGAUAAAAGAGUGUCUUUGCAAAGGGACAUUCUCUGAUGUGACAUUUAAGUUGGAUGAUGGAAGCAUAAAUGCCCACAAGCCACUGCUGAUCUGUAGCUGUGAAUGGAUGUCUGCUAUGUUUGGAGGGUCAUUUGUUGAAAGUUCAAACAGUGAGGUUGUUCUUCCCAACAUAAACAAGACUUCUAUGCAGGCUAUUCUGGAUUAUUUGUAUACCAAACAAUUGUCAUCGAGUCAGGAGUUGGACAUGCUUGAAUUAAUUGCACUGGCAAACAGAUUUUGCCUCCCACACUUGGUUGCAUUGGCAGAGCAGCAUGCUGUGCAGGAGCUGACCAAAGCCUCAGGGAAUGGCAUUGGCGUAGAUGGCGAAGUACUAUCCUAUUUGGAAUGGGCCCAGUUCCACAAUGCUAAUCAGCUGGCAGCUUGGUGCUUGCACUACAUCUGCACUAAUUACAACAGCGUGUGCUCUAAAUUUCGCAAGGAAAUAAAAGCUAAGUCUCCAGAUAAUCAAGAAUAUUUUGAGAGACAUCGCUGGCCUCCUGUGUGGUACUUAAAGGAAGAAGAUCACUACCAGCGUGUUAAAAAGGAAAGGGAAAAGGAAGAUAUUGCACUGAAUAAACAUCAUUCAAAACGGAAGUGGUGCUUCUGGAAUUCCUCUCCUCUAGUUGCCUGAACAAAGCAAAUAACACGUAAACACAUCAACAGUGUAAAUUUAACACUACUUUAAAAAUAGUCUUAUUGUUAGAAAUAAGAUGCAGUUCAGAUUACUGGCACUGACUUUAUUCCACAUUUUGCAUUUAUCAUUGUUAGGUUCAAAAGAACAAGCUCACCUAUAAUGAGCCUGGAAUGAUUCCCUUAAAUUGAUAUGUAUAUUUUUGGUUAUUAAGCAACAUAAGCAUCUACCAUUAUUACAUUUCUUUUUAUUCACGAACAAAUCCAGCAUUAAUGUUUUAAACUCCAAAUUAGGAAAUAUUUUUAUACUGCCUUGUAUAUUCUGUUUAAAUAAAAAGUCUGGGUAUCACUUUAUUUUACUGACCAUGAAAUAACCACAUAGCAGCUUUAGAAUUAGAUUUUAACUAUUUUUCUUAUGUGAGUACAGUGAAAUAUAAACUUAGAUCCACUCUUAAUGAACAAUCUUCUGUUUUAAAUGACCAGUUUAAAAGUACCCUGUGACAAUUAUCAUCUUAGUUAAAAAACAGUGUCUCUUAGGCAACCCAUUUUUGUUCCUAAGACCCAUGCACUCAUAACAUAAUUAGAUGGUUAUUUCUUUUUUCUAAAGGAAAUGGGUAUAAUAAGAUCCAAUAAUUGAAAGUUAUAAAGCAUUUAAUCUUCUUUCAGCUGAAUUAUAGGCAGUGUAAUUACCUGUUCAACUGCAGGAACAUGUAUUUCUAAUAUUUGCCAUGUACGUAUAUCUAGUGAUUCUAAUAAUUCAGAGGUUUUAAAGGUCUAGAUUGAAGAGGAUAAUUUUCAAAUCAUUAGAAGGGCUUAUUAAUUUAUAUCUUUAUCCAGGGCAAACUCAGUAUGGACCUGAAUACAAAAAGCAGAUAUGCUGGUAAUUUUGAAACAACUGUAUUAUGAUUGUUUACUCUUUCAGGGCCCAGUUCUGCAGUCAUUUCUAUUUCAAGACUCCUUUUUGCUUCAUCAGGGUUAUGCAAACCAGAAACUAGCAGAUACAUUCCUCUAUUGUUGAUGUAGUAUCUUGCAAAUGGAAAAUGAUCUUCCUAUAGGUUAAUUUUAAUUUUGUCAAUGUCAUCUUGUAGUUCUUCCCCGGUGGAAUUCAAAGAUAGUGCUUUAAAUUAGAUUAUACAUUCCUUCUGGAAGCAGAUACUCCAAGGAAGCACAAAUCAGAAGUCUCAGAGAAUAAAAAUUCCCAUAUUAUUUAAAUGAUGAGAGGAGAAAACAAACACUCCAGUUUUUGACAGUUCCUUUCGGUUUAAGGUUUUUCUAAUGACUCUGACCGGGCAGUGUUGCAUUUGAAAAAUAUAAGGCUGGGGUGCUUUGAAAAGACAAAACUAAAACAUUUCUAAAAUUAUACUAUAGAACAUAUGCAGGUCUAUGAAGCAUCUCAGACACAGUUCUGUAAUUGAGGUAGUUUUAUGUUAUCAGUUUUGUUAAUGAAUACUAAUGUGAAAAGCUUUUGAAUUGUAUCCUUCCUGUAUUAAUCGACAAAGCAGUACGUCCAAAUCCCAAUGCUGCAAGUCAGGAAAGAUUUCAGGCUGAAAGCUAUCCACACUUCCACAUACUCAGCAUCAAGGCAGAGCUCAUUCUUGUCAUAUUCCACUGUGGUGCUAACACCCUAGAAGCUGCUUAGUAUGGGUGCUGCAGAAACUCCUGUAACAAAAACAGGUGACAGACUUCAUUACCUACAAGAUUUAUCCCUAUGAGUGAUAAAGAAGGGCUAUAGAGAAAGGAUGGUUAUAAGUGUAUCCACUUUAAUUCCUGGCCGGUAGUAUUGAGCAUUGUGAAGGAAAGAAAAAACAACACAAUGAAUGUCAAGACUAGGAUGGAAUUAACAUCUGUUCAUUCAUAAAAUGUUAACAGAUCAUGUUUAAUAAAUAUUGCUACUAGGUUUUACAUAACCAAAGCUCCUAUAUGAUUGUAAUUUUGCCAAACUGUAAUGGAUAGAUUAAUGAACCUGGGGGUAUAUGCAAUAAUAUCCAGAUGUAUUAGUUAUCAGCUAUAAUAACCAAAUGGCUGGUUCAUUUGGUUAAUGCUGCCUAUGGCCUUUAAUCUUGGUGUUUAUUUGGUUUUUUAUUUUGCAAAAAAAAAAAGUAAAAGUGUUUAGCUAAAAAAUGUCUCCUAGUUCUUUAAACACACUUUCUAAAUACUGUAUAAAGCACAGUAUGAUCUUUUUUUUCCUGGAUGGUGGAAACACACUUUUUAUGGUGUUUGUCUACAUUAUAGUAGUAAAAUAUAUUUAACAAAAGGUGAAUCUGUGAUCACAUGCCAAAUCAAAAUUUACCAUUCAGAAUGUUACUGGAGAGCCACUUGCAUUAGGAAAAGAAUAUGGUAGAUGCUUGUCACUUAAUAUAAAGCUACAAACCAACCAUUUUCCUCUUACUUUGUCACACUGUUCCUAAUACUCAAUCAUCAGGUUGUCAUCCAUGCAAUGAGAAACAAACUCUUCAUGACAAAAAACAGGAAAAUGCACCAGGAGUUCUUGUAGGCAUUUUGGUUAGUUGAUGUUUUGUUUUUAUUACGAGCUUCCUAAAUUGACUCAUUUUCUUUAGCUGAUUCCUACUAGCAUAUAUUUAUCAACAACCAAAAUCAAAUUACAAGCUAAUGAACUUUUAGCAACAAUCCCUCCUAAUAUAGCUAUUCAGUUUAAUUUACAAAACUAGAAAGUUACAUUUUUAGAGAACUGCCAAGAUGAUGCGUAAGAGUACUGUGUCCAUGUAGCCCAGUGUCUGUGAGUCUGUA